AUGCCAAACUCCGGAGGAAAUAUUGAAAUUAAGACCUCUGUUAAGUUGCAGAAAGCUGAUGGUUUGGUUAUGAGUGUACAAUUGUACGGACUCUAUAUGCACGAGUUGGGACAUGUCAUUGGCUUGGACCACGAACACAUUAGAGCUGAUAGGGACAGUUUCGUUGAUGUUAGUUUGGAAGGUGUUCCAAAAGAUUACUGGGGUUUCUACGCAAGGAAGGACAGGGCAGAACUGAGCACCUACGGCACACCCUACGAUCUCCAAUCAGUUAUGCAUUACGGACCUGGGCGUUUUCUGCUUUACCAGUCCUUCUCAAUUCAUGCCAAUAAGUCGCCACUUACCGUGAGGGAUCCAGCCGUUCGGCAUAUUUUGAGGGAGGUCUAUACAAAGGACAUUUCGUUCUGGGAUGCCAAAGCCAUAAAUCAACAUUAUGAAUGUGCCAUUUUCUCGAAAAGGCGUUGUACUGAUCUCCUGAGCAUAGCUGAAUGUACAACAUUAGAAAACCAACUGGAAUGCUACAGAAACGCCAGCUACAUGGCCGUCAAGUGCCGUAACACGUGCGGUUUCUGUUACAAGGAAUCCUUUGCGCAAAUUCAGAAACAGAAACGAAAUUGCGAUGAUUUUCACGUCAACUGCCCUCUCUGGCAGAAAGGAGACCAGUGCACAAAAAACGCCAAAUACAUGCGGCUCAUGUGUGCCAAGAGCUGCCACCUCUGCGGUGGUUCGACGGAACAGACCACAAUCGAUCCAGCAGCCUGCAGAGACACUUACCUUUACCCGGAUGAUUGCAAGGAUUGGGCGGCAAGGGCUGGAUCGCCAGACGUCGUUAAGACUACAUCAGCCGCUAAGGUCCAGUCAAGAGCGUACCUGAAUCCUAAUGUCCUGCACAAACAGCCCGUGAUCGCUCGUCCCUUGCCUUCGGUCGGCGUCUGUGCAAAAGGCGAUCCGGCUCGCAUUUGCCCCUUGCAUUACAGGGCCUGCACUACAGUAGAAAUAUUCAGGCGAUGCCCAAACAUCUGCGGAAACUGUGGUAAGUUGACCAAAAUCGACUCAUUCUUUAUCCGCGUGUAG